AUGUCCCCCACGGCAGCACUCCAAGGCCGCCUAAAAGAGCUCUCGACCGCUCAAAGCAACAUCCAACCUCUCGUUACUCGGCUACACGAAUUUACUGCAUCUAUUGGACAGGGCGAUGAAGCGCGCUUAGAGCUUGGCGCCGAGAUACACUCCCAACUGAAGGAUGCGGAGCAGGAAUUGGAGCUAUUGCGCGUGGAAGUCGAGGCUUUGGGUGUGGGGAUUGAUACCAAGAAGAGACAGUCUGCUGCGCAUGGAGAGAAGGAGGCAGAGAAAGAGCGCAUCGCUACCAUGGCGGAGCGAUUGGCUGCAGAUCUAAAAAGAACGAGAAGCGAUUUCCGAAAUGCCCAGUUGCAAGCGAAACGCAAUGCUGAGCUCGCGAAGCGGAAAGAGAAGGACCUGUUGCUGUCGAGAUCCACUACUUCGGAACAAAAGCAGCCCACUGAAAAGCUUACCCAAGAUGAUAUUGUCCUGAGUGCCUCCAACGAUGUCACAUCAGCCUUGCGCAGAACACAUCAACUCAUGCAAGCGGAGCUUUCCCGCAGCCAGUUUGCCCAAGAGACCCUUGACCAAUCAACGGCAGCAAUCUCAUCACUCACCGAAUCCUAUAGCAGCUUGGACACACUUCUCUCCUCAUCACGGAGUCUUGCCAACUCUCUCCUCCGUUCUCAAAAGUCCGAUACUUGGUACCUUGAGACUGCAUUCUAUAUCUUGAUUGGAACCAUCAGCUGGCUGCUUUUCCGACGUCUGCUCUACGGACCUCUUUGGUGGUUGGUAUGGCAGCCUUUGAAGCUCGUUGCUCGAGUCACAUUUGCGACUUUGGGUACCGUCGGCCUAUCCAGCACUGCCGUUCAAUCUGCUUCGGGGUCGCUCUCCGGCGAUGUAUCUUCGGCUAUUCAGAACACAGCCACCGCAGUCGUCACUGGAACGAUGACCUCCGCAAGCACUGCAUGGGAAGAGGAACCCUCAGCGCCGGUUGAUAGUGACCGUGUGAUGGAUAAGAUUGCAGACAUGGUCGAGGAAGAAAACCAGAGGGCAAUUGAUAUCGACGAUGUCACCCCGGAAGAAAGGGCCAGGCAAGAAGAGCUUCCUCGCAACCCAAAAAAGAGGAUGUUCGAGGCCGAGGUGGACGACUCAGUGCACGACGAACUAUAG